CCUCCCCGCUGCUCAGUCUCCAGGUUGCUGUAGGUGGGGACGCGUUGAGCAGCGCGGCUCACUGGGUUUGCGCUUCACGCCUAUUUACUGAUUCAGCAUGGGGCGCUUCCUGCGACUCUACCUGGGGUAGCCUCGCUCUAACUGUACAGGGGGGGGGGAAAAAACAAUACUAACCGGAUCUCCGAAGUGAUUCAUUCACGUCCUCUGCUGUGAAUUUUGAAGUGUCUUUCUCUCCGCGGCACUUUCACAGUGAGAGAUUAAGGGGAACAGUCACAGAGGCGUCUGCAAACAGGUGUUUUCCACCCACUGCGCUUCAUUCACCAAACCGGUUACUAUGCAUGUGCGCUGCUCUGGUGUUUUUCGUGGGAUAACGCAAACCCAUUGACUGAGACAGGGUUUGUGUUAGAAAGAUGAUCCUGUUGGAAGAACAUGCACCGCGCUUUGGUGAAAGUCUUUUUGCAUCUUCUUAUGGACCGUCUAAUUUUUGUUUAUCAAACUUGACUUUUUUCUCGGAGAUACACCGGGCAACUCCUGAAUAUCGCCUGGAUUCGUGGAAAAUGAUCCUUUAGGAGGUUAUUCGAGCGAGUUGGCUUUCCUCCCCUGUGGGACUAUUUCAUUUCACUGUUUGAUGCGCUUUGCGAAAUCUUCAUCUCGAGCAUCAUCGUAGUUGCCUUAGACUUUCUUUAGCGCUGCGCCUGGAAGUUUUCCUGCCAGAACCCACUGUUCCGGAUUCAUCCACUUUUCUCUGGAAGUUUUCUUCCCCAGACCGCUGCCAAGCUGGCUAUGGCGGCGGCUAUCGCCAGCUCCCUCAUCAGGCAGAAGAGGCAGGCGAGGGAGCGGGAGAAGUCAAAUGCCUGCCGCUGCGUAAGCAGCCCCAGCAAAGCCAAAGGAAGCUGUGAGAAACCCAACCGGCUCAAUGUCUUCUCACGGGUCAAACUCUUUGGUUCCAAGAAAAGACGAAGGAGAAGACCAGAGCCCCAGCUGAAGGGGAUUGUAACGAAGCUGUACAGUCGACAAGGCUUCCACCUGCAGCUGCAGGCAGAUGGAACCAUCGAUGGAACAAAAGAGGAGGACAGUAGUUAUACCAUGUUCAACCUCAUUCCGGUGGGACUGCGAGUGGUGGCCAUCCAAGGGGUGCAGACCAAACUCUAUCUAGCAAUGAACAGUGAGGGCUACCUGUACACGUCGGAACACUUCACUGCAGAGUGCAAAUUUAAGGAGUCUGUGUUUGAAAACUACUACGUGACAUACUCCUCCAUGAUCUACCGACAGCAGCAAUCAGGCAGGGGCUGGUACCUCGGUCUGAACAAGGAAGGAGAAAUCAUGAAGGGGAACCAUGUCAAAAAGAACAAGCCAGCAGCCCACUUCCUCCCCAAACCUCUGAAAGUGGCAAUGUACAGGGAGCCAUCACUCCAUGACUUGACAGAGUUCUCACGCUCUGGCAGCGGCACACCCACCAAAAGUCGGAGUGCCUCAGCUGUCCUCAACGGAGGCAAAGCCGUGAGCCAGAACGAGUCGACGUAGCCCGGAAGCCGAACCCAGGCCUGGGGCCGAACCUUGAAACCUUACCUCUCAUAGAGCGGGAAUCCAAGCAGACGCCGAUCAACGGUUCAGGACUAGCUAUGACAAUAAUCCACACAUUAAUACCCAGAUAUCAUCAGAAAAAAGUAUUCAUCAAAGCAGCAUCUAGAAUAACAAACAUAAUCUCACACAGGUCACUCUUGUCAUACCCAAAUUUUUGUUUUUGCCAAAUAUUUAUUUAAUAUUGUUACCACAUUCUUUUUUGUUAAUGAGUUUAGUCAUCCUUAUCUAUGACACUGUCAUUUUUCAAUCACUUUUUUGGGUCAUGCAAACACCAAUCACUUGUGCAUAUGUCACAGAGGGACAGCAAGGUAGAUAUGCAGGUGUUCAGGGCAGCCAGUAAUGAUUCUUGUCCAUAAAGGCUGCAGUGGGACAAUAAAAAAAGCCCUGAUCACCAUCUCAUCCAUGCUUCUGUGAAUACAAAGCCUAUAAACUCCCUGGCAUGGCUCAGCCUCGUCCUCCUGGCCAGCCGGAUGGUAGCUCUCCUGCGUCCUAAUGCACACGCUCAGAGACUGAGCUCUUCAGCAUGGGAAAGUGAAGCCUAUGUUCAACUGACCUGAAAUAUAAGGAGCAGUGUGGCUCUCUUGUUUAUUUAUUUAUUAAUUUAAAUUUGUUUUCUGUCUGAGAGAUGCCACAACUGCACUUUUUUUUGUUGCUAAUUUUCUGAACUAGCUGAGAGGUUUUUAAUUGUUAACUGGUUUUUGUUGGAAUCUCCUCUUGUUCUCUGUUCAUGUCAUUGUUUCUUUACUGUUAGGAUGAGUUUCAGCAAACCAAAGACAGAUUGAAAGAGUGUCCCUUUAAGCUGCUAAAAAAACAAGCCAACAUACAGUAGAGAUAAAGAUGGGUGUUUCUUUUUUCAUUGUACAUUUUUGAUGAAGGGAAGUAAAGGUUUUUUGUUUAGAAAACAUAACUUGUUGGCAACCCGGCUCGAUGUCUUGCUUUUUGCUGAUAUGCUCAAUGAUGGAAGAAUGGAAUGACUAUUUAUUGUCCCCAUUCCCUUCUGUUACCAAUGUGUCACACUGUCUUUUGCUCUUGUCCUCGUGAUCUGUUUCUUCUUUGUGCACGUGUCAUACUUCAGUCCUCCUCCCCGUUAGCCAUUCUUGUUUCUUUCUCUACUUCUACUGACUGAUAAAUGUCACCAUAGGAGGAUGGUGGAGGACCCCGCCCUACCCCAACUAUCCAGGAUGCUUGUUAUGUGUUUGAGUAACUUAUUGUGGUGAUAUUUUCUAUUAAAAAAGGAAUACUGUGGACUUUUAGGUGGCUUAACAUUUUAUAGGAAACGUCAAAUUUAUAAAACUGAAAAGCAAACAAAAAAGUACAAAACAGACUCCUUCCCUUUCUUGCACAGGGCAUGUACACAAAUAUGUACAAAAAGGACCCUUUUUGUGGGCUACGUACUCUUUCCUUCAGCUACAUGACUUAUUUCUAGUACAUGCUUUUGGGAGACUUUUUUCUUGAUUUCUUCUGGAGGUGGUCUGUAUUAGGUGAAACUAUCUGUUGCAUGGGAGAAAGCAGGGAAAAUACUGGUCUAGAGCUGCAUGAUGUAGGCUAUGUGUAUUAACCCAUGUUGGAUCAUGUGUUCCAAACUACCAGGCUAAAUCUGAUAAAACAACAUAUACAGACAGGCACUACAGCUGUCUAAUAGCUUCCAGUUGUUUAUUAUUUGUUGUAUACACAAAAAUGCACUGAAUAAAAUGUUUAUAUUAAGAUAUACUUUUAAAAA